AUGCUCCUAGACGCUUCUCGGGCCAAGCUCGUGGGCUCACGCGGCGAGCAAGCAUUUGCCUUCGACAUCGAUGGCGUUCUUGUCAGAGGAGGAAACCCAAUCGAAGGUCUUCUGCCCAUUUUUCAGAGACUCAACCAUGCCUUCUCAUUCAGAGUACCCCACGUCUUUCUGACGAACGGAGGCGGUUACGCAGAAGCUGUCAGAGCGAAGCGCUUGGGCGAAUUGACGCGCAGUGAGGUCUCCGAAGAACAGAUCAUUCAAGCGCACACAGUAUUGCAAGAGCUCGUGCCCUCGUAUGCAGAUCGACCCGUGCUGGUUCUUGGCGGCGCCUCCGAGUCCAAAGUACGGACGGUGCACGAUGUGAUGCGCGGCUACGGCUUCAAAAACUUCACUCUAGCCUCCGAGGUGCAUUCAUGGAGGUCCGAUGUUUGGCCAUUCCACGACGCUCCCGAGGGCAAUCUAAGUGAAGGUCGAACGUGGCUGAAACGUCAUGCCGAGCAGCGGCAUCACCACGAGGCAGUGUCAGAGAGACGCUUCGGGGCUGUCAUCGUUUUCCACGACUCGAGAGAUUGGGGAGGGGACAUUCAGCUCAUGUGCGAUGUGUUGCGAAGCCCGACUGGUCAGAUUGGGACGCUGGGUGAUGACACGCAUCCGCAAGCCCCCGUCUUUUUCACCCACGAGGAUCUGAUCUGGACCAACUCCUUUCCCACGCCCAGAUUCGGGCAGGGCGCUUUCCAGCUUGCUGCACGAGCAGUGUACAAGGCGGCGUCUGGCAGAGAGUUGCAAGCGACGACUUUCGGCAAACCUCAUCGUGCUACGUAUGCUUUUGCUGAAAAGAAGCUCAAGGGCUUUGCACAGGCGCAAGGAUUGGGAGCGGAGGAUGUUGCAGAUGUGUGGAUGAUCGGUGAUAAUCCCGCCUCCGACAUUGCAGGGGCCAAUGCGUUUGGUUGGAAAUCUGCAUUGGUCGAGACUGGAGUGUAUGUGCCAGGCACACGGGCAGCUUUUGAGCCCACCAUGCAUGCGCGCUCAGCAGAGCAAGCCGUUGAGCGCAUUCUUGCUCAGUACAAUCUCGAUUGAGAUCGAGCGCCCC